CCACUUCACAUCCUCACCACUUCUGUGAUGGCUCGUCACCGCGCCACCUGGCCGCCUUGACUUGUCAGGGCACCGCGAUGCGUCUCUUCUUGAUCCGUCACGGUGAGACGGUAGACAAUGUCGCACAAGUCUACGCUGGCUCGCGCGACUCGGCACUGACCGCCCAUGGCGUCCUCCAAACGCGUCGGUUGGCCACGCACCUCUCAGGCAACCCGUCCUCCGCAGCCAGGGUCUUCUCAUCUGACCUGCAGCGCGCUGUCAAAACGGCUCAGGCCAUCUGCGACGCGCGUGCCAACGGCGAAGAGCCUUUGCAGCUGCCUCAGCUCCGCGAGAAACACUUUGGCACAGGCGAGGGUGCGAGCUUUGGCGCUGGCAGGGACCAUCAUCAUGAAGGUGCGGAGUCGCCUGAGGACAUGCGCGAGCGCGUCGGCGUGUUUCUCCAGGAGCGCUUGCUUCCCCUCGUCUCCUCUUCAGAUCAUGUAUACGUCGUCGCCCACGGCAUUAUCCUUGGCGUCUUGUUCAGGCAUUUGCGUCAGCAACUCUCGCACGGCUCUAUGAGUUUUGCUCCAGAGGCGCAACGCAUUGGCAGCCCGGGCAGCCAACUGAUGCCGACCUGGAGCAACACGGGCUUCCUUGAGGCCCAUCUGACAUCAGCAGACACCAAGUGGUCCAGCACCAAGGUUCACAUCCUCCGAGUCAACAGUGUUGAUCACCUUCAAGGCCUCCGCAAGACGCGAGGUGGCAUCGGCAGCGCCCGCUUUGACGACAAGCAGAAGACGCUCACGUCCUUCUUCGCGCCAAAGAAGCGGAAGCGUGCCGAUGCCGACACUUGACAAGGUACGUUUGAAGAAACUCUUUGCUAUCCUCCCCCAACACCCCAACCUUGCGUGAUGAGAAACCGUAUUCACAGACCUGUUCUGAAAUUACAAUGUGGAAAACAACCAACCGCUGUCUGAUCGUUACUUCAUUCACUUGUCUCUUGCUGCCAUCUACUACGUGGACCAAAGCUGACUCGUCUAGUGUCCAGGUUACCAAUCCCAUAGUCGUCAUAUCAUGAAUAGAUCUAUACUAU